UUUAAUAUUUAAUUGUCGUCGAUCGCGAGCGGUUGUCAUUGCUCCAGAGCCACUGAAUAAGUGGUAUUGCCAUUCGAAUUGCCACGGCUAUACCGUUACCGUCUAUCUUUUAAGAAGAAGUGAUCCGGAUUUUUCCCAAGUUAAUCACAAAAUUUCUUGAGUCGCGAUCCGCACAUUUUUUGUUCAGUGGUCUUCUGCAUUUUUUUUCUGUGUGUUUUGUGGAAACUAUCCAUUUGUGGAAAUGAUUCCCUGGAUCGGUUUGAGCUUAGCCCUCGUGCUGAUCGUCUGCCCCGCGGAUAUAUCUUCGCGCAGCUACAGCAACGGCCUGAUCUUCUACGAACUGAAAUCGCACCAGCCGUAUUUACCACCCACGGUCAGUGUGUCCCGGGGUCGCAAUUUGGCCAGUGUCAAGUACUCGGAGAAGGGCUCCAUCUGGUCCACCUUUGGCCAGCCCUGCGAGUGCAGCGGACCGACCUGCGGAUGCUGCGCCGGUCUCAAGGUCGAUCAGUACCGAUUCGACCAGAAAGUGUGCGCCAACGUGAGCUUUGUGCCGCAGCUGGAGGAGGCCCAACUGGAGGUCUAUCUGAACGGCCGACCCUCCUCGAAGUACGGGAUCUCGGUGCGCAAUCCGGCGCCCUUCUGCAUCCCCGUCAUGAUGGGCGUGCCGAUGGCCAUGUGCGUCCAGAUGACCGAUGUCACCCUGGCGGGGAACAACCUGAACAUGUGCAUGGACUUUGUGGUGCGACUGGCCACCACGGAUCUCUUCGAGAUGCACUUCCAGUGCAUGAAGAUGGGCCUGGAUGGGCUGCAGUAUGUGGACAAGAACGGGCAGCCCGUGCUGCCGGCUGGCCAAAGUGACGAUCCGGAGGAGUACGCGGAGUACGCCGAGCUGGAGGAUCAGCCGGAGGAGUAUCCCGCGCAGGAGGAAGUCAAGGGGGAGGACUAUCAGCCUGAGAAGAUUGGAUCUUCUACUAGCGAGCAGGUCAAAGAGGAGGAGAACCAACCCUUGGGCUAUCCACCUCUAAGUCAACCGUUGGAGAAUCAAGCACAGCAGACACAGCCUCAGAAGAAUCAGCCACUGAUCGAUCAACUGAAUGAGGAUCAAUCAAAGCUGGAAGAUCAAGUAAAUGAAGACAAGAGCCAGGAGUAUCAACCAAUGGGCUACCACCCUCAGAAGAAUCAAACCCUGAGCGAGCCACUCAAACAUGAUCAGUUGGAAAAGCAGGAGGAUCAACAGGGCUAUCAACCACUAGGUCUGGUGGAUCAUCUAAAAGAAGAUCAGAAACAACCUCUGGAGAAUCGACCUCCUGCAGGUGCACAUAACGAGGAUACUUUGGAAGAGGAGCAACCAACGGGCUAUCAACCCCUGACACAGCCAGAAGAUCAUCUUGUGGAGAAUCAAGAGAAAGAGGAGAGUCAAGAUCAUCAAGAGGACGAAGAAACCGGAGAGGUGGAGCCCCUGCCAAUCGAAAGUGAAAUGUUAAUGGCCAGCGAUCAGGCAGAUGAAACACCGCUCGAAGAAGAGACCGAAGAAGUGCCAGCAGAAGACGCGAAAGAGACGGCAAUGGGGGCGGAGAAAGAGAAAGACUCUGGGCAAGAGCAAGAGCAAGAGACACCUGACAAUGACAAUGGUUAUGGCUAUGGCGAGAGUGGCCCGAGGCCAAGUCAGGUAAUUGAAACAAUUACCAAUUCAAUAAAAGCCACUGAGGCGCCCACAACAACAACAACUACAACGAAAAUACCGACAACAACUAAAAUACCAACAACAACAACAGCAACAGCAACAACAUCAACAGCCGCGACAUUUAACAAGCCAAACAUUGUUGUUAUUGAUGACACAAACAAUGGGGAGAAGACAGUAGAAGAAGGGUACGAGAAGACAGCGGAAGAGGCGGAGAAAGAGGAGGAGACAGACGAGGAAGAGGAGGCAGAAGACGAGGAGGGAGAAACGGAAGAAGAGGCGACAACACUGGCUGUUGAAAUCGAAAACGAUAGCGAUAAUGAGAUAAACGUGGACGAUGAUGAUGAUGAUGAGGUGGAGAAAAAAAACCAGGUGAAGGAACCCCCGAACAAAAAGGAAGAGCAGGCAAAUGAGGGGAUUAAAGAGGGAGAAAAGAAAGAGGAGAAAGAGGUGAAGAUAGGUCAUAGAGAAAAGGUCAAGCCAGAGUCCAUCGAUGACACUGCAGCUGAAGAAAAGGAAGGGGAAGAGGCAGCGGAAGAUGAUAAUGAAGAAGGAGAUGGAGACGAAGAGGCGGAGGAGGAUGAAGAUGAGGAGGAGGAGGAGGAGGAAGAGGACGAUGCCGAGGAGGAAGACGAAGACGAAGAAGAGGCUGCAGAAGAAUCCGCAGCAGCAGCAAAACCAGAAGAAAGUGCUGUGAAAAUCGAAGAAAAUGGAUAUGGCAUUGCAAAUGCAUACGCAAAUGCAAAUGUAAAUGAAAAUGAAAAUGAAAAGGCGACGCCGGCAGCGAAGUCGUUGUCCCGACGUCGACGUCUGCGCACCCGCCGCCUGUCCAGCCCCCUGACACGCCCAUUGAGGAAAAUCCAUUAACCCCCCCUCAACUUAAUUAAAUGUAAUUCGUAAUUGUUAAUGAAUUGUUAAUGAUAAACGUUGAAGCCUGUUAAUUAAUACGUAUUUAUUGUAUUUAUUGAAACCAACUCAAAGCCAAACUCAAGCGAAAUAAAUCAUAAUUGUAAUUUAACGACUGCAAAUUUCAAGUUAAUAUCAGGGGUUUGGAGAAGAGCAAUGGAAAAUUCAACUUCAAAAUUUAACCAUAGGUUGGUCAACAUCAAAAGGCUGAUUUCAGUUAUUUU